CGCGGCGGGCGAGCGGGCGGGCGGGCGCCAUGGCGGGUCGGCGCGGGGCGCUCAUCGUGCUGGAGGGCGUGGACCGCGCGGGCAAGAGCACGCAGAGCCGCAAGCUCGUGGCGUCCCUGUGCGCCGCGGGCCACCGCGCCGAGCUGCUCCGCUUCCCGGAGCGCUCGACGGAGAUCGGCAAACUCCUGAACUCGUACUUGGAGAAGAAGAGGGACGUGGAGGACCACUCGGUGCACCUGCUCUUCUCUGCGAACCGCUGGGAGCAAGUGCCCCUCAUCAAGGAGAAGCUGAGCCAAGGCAUCACCCUGGUCGUGGACAGAUACGCCUUUUCAGGGGUCGCCUUCACCAGUGCUAAGGAGGACUUUUCCCUGCAUUGGUGUAAGCAGCCGGACGUCGGCCUCCCCAAGCCAGACCUGGUGGUGUUUCUGCAGCUGGCGCUGGCGGACGCAACCAAACGCUCUGCUUUUGGGCAGGAGCGCUACGAGGACGGGCCUUUCCAGGAGCGGGCAUUGCAGCAGUUCCAGAAGCUCAUAGGGGACACAACGCUCAACUGGCAGGUGGUGGAUGCAUCGAGGAGCAUCGAGGCUGUGCACGAGGAGAUCCAGAAGCUCUCGGAGGGCACCAUCCGGGCUGUGGCACACAGGCCUCUGGGACAGCUGUGGACAUAGCAUCAAGCUCCUGGCAGCUGGGGGCCGCUGAGGACAGGCCCCGCCCAGCUGGCUCCGAGUGGAGCCAAGGGUCACAUGGGGGCAUGCCAGGUCCGUGGUGGGUAGUCCCAUUGCCAUCUCUCUCCUAAGGAAACAAGUGAAGGUUCAUCUGCCAUGAAUCCAAGAAGGGUGCCCAGCUGGCACUGCUGCCUCAGGCACAGGCUCCCAUAAAUGCUAUUGGACAUA